GGCUCUCGGGGGGCUGGAGGAGCGGGGUUGGGUGUGUGGCUGCGGAGCUCUCACGGCUGCCUCCGCCCCCGGCCUCCCCCGCCUCCCGGGCCGCCGCCGCCGCGUCCGCGGGGUUGGUUGAGGCGGACUGUGGGGUGCUGACUGAAGUGGAGGCGCUGCCGCCGCCGCCGCUGCUGCUGCUGCUGCUGUUGCUGCCUCUGUUGCUGCUGCCGCUGCCGUCUCUGCUGUUGCUGCUGUCGCCUUCGCUGCCGCCGCCACCGCCACCGCCGCCGGGGGAAGGAGAGAAGACGAAAGGAAACUUCAGGAUAUGGCAACUUCUUGUCAGAAGAUGGGUAAGAAGAGCCGAGUGAAAACUCAGAAAUCAGGCACUGGCGCUACAGCAACAGUGUCACCAAAGGAAAUGCUGAACCUAAUUAGUGAACUCUUGCAGAAAUGCAGCAGCCCAACACCUGGCCCUGGAAAGGAGUGGGAAGAAUAUGUACAGAUUCGCGCUCUGGUUGAGAAAAUCCGAAAAAAGCAAAAAGGCUUAUCAGUUACCUUUGAUGGAAAAAGAGAAGAUUAUUUCCCUGAUCUAAUAAAAUGGGCUGCUGAAAAUGGAGCUUCUACUGAUGGUUUUGAACUGGUUAACUUCAAAGAAGAGGGCUUUGGUUUGAGAGCAACAAGAGAGAUCAAGGCAGAAGAAUUAUUUUUAUGGGUCCCACGAAAAUUGUUAAUGACUGUUGAAUCUGCUAAAAAUUCAGUAUUGGGGGCCUUAUAUUCUCAAGACCGAAUCCUUCAAGCUAUGGGAAACAUCACACUGGCAUUUCAUCUUCUGUGUGAACGAGCAAAUCCUAGCUCUUUCUGGCUGCCAUAUAUACAGACCCUCCCCAGCGAAUAUGAUACCCCUCUCUAUUUUGAAGAAGAUGAAGUUCAGCAUCUACAAUCAACACAGGCUAUACAUGAUGUCUUCAGUCAAUAUAAAAAUACAGCUCGACAAUAUGCCUAUUUCUAUAAAGUUAUUCAGACCCAUCCUAAUGCCAACAAACUGCCCUUGAAGGAUUCUUUCACUUACGAGGACUACAGGUGGGCAGUAUCUUCUGUUAUGACACGACAAAAUCAGAUUCCGACUGAAGAUGGUUCCCGGGUGACACUGGCUCUGAUUCCUUUAUGGGAUAUGUGCAAUCACACUAAUGGACUGAUUACUACUGGUUACAACCUAGAAGAUGAUCGUUGUGAAUGUGUUGCGCUACAAGAUUUUAAUGUUGGAGAGCAGAUAUAUAUUUUUUAUGGCACCCGAUCAAAUGCAGAGUUUGUGAUCCACAGUGGUUUUUUCUUUGACAAUAAUUCACAUGACAGAGUGAAAAUAAAGCUCGGAGUGAGCAAAAGUGACAGGUUAUAUGCAAUGAAAGCCGAAGUCUUGGCUCGAGCUGGCAUUCCUACUUCCAGUGUCUUUGCCUUGCACUUUACUGAGCCUCCCAUCUCUGCCCAACUUCUGGCCUUCCUUCGAGUAUUCUGUAUGACUGAAGAAGAGCUGAAAGAACAUUUGAUAGGAGAACAUGCUAUUGACCGAAUCUUCACUUUGGGUAACUCCGAAUUUCCUGUCAGCUGGGACAACGAAGUUAAACUCUGGACAUUUCUUGAAGCCAGAGCAUCCCUUCUUUUAAAAACAUAUAAAACGACCAUUGAGGAAGAUAAAUCCUUCUUGGCAACUCAUGACCUUACCUUUCAUGCAACAAUGGCCAUCAAACUACGCUUAGGAGAAAAAGAGAUUUUGGAAAAAGCUGUAAAGAGUGCAGCUGCCAACCAAGAGUACUAUUGCAAACAAAUGGAGGAAGGUACCCCACUUCCCAAAUAUGAAGAGAGCAAUAUUGCCUUGUUAGAGAACACCGUGGCAGACUCUAGACUUCCAAUUGUCCUCAGAAACCUGGAGGAUGAGGCUGAAGUGCAGGAAGACUUAAAGAUUGAAGAAGCUAUCACUGAUAGAGAAGUCACAGAAAAUGGAUUUGUAAAUAGUGAAAACUCUAUUCCUAAUGGGACCAAAUCUGAGAUUGAAAAUCUAAAUCAAGAAGAAAAUAUAAGAGAGACUGAAGAUGCCAAAGAAUCUUCUCUUGACAGUACCAAUGAGGUUAAGCAAUAGUCAUGAAAUAAAUCUUGACUUUAUUGUGAAAUUAAAUUUAGCAAAAAUUUAUGAACAAUACAUUUACAUUGGUGUGUUUUCUUGUUAACAUUUUUCUUUCUGCAGAGAAGAAAGUAUGUUUUUGCUGCUUUAUAUAAAAUGAUUUUCUUUUUUUUUUAAGUUAUUUUAAAGAAAUCUGGCUUUCCUUUUCAAAUAAGAUUGCCAUCUUGCUUUCAGGCAAAAGAAACAGAAGACUGGAAUGGGAUAAUAGUGGUAGGGGCGGUACCUUUGGAAGAUUUUACAAAUCCAUUGUAGGACAAAUGUAUUUUCUUCCCAAGUAUUAGUUGUACUUUUUUAUUGGUCCAUCUUUCUGACAACCAAAAUUAAAAGUCUGCUUUGCCUUCUGCCAAGAAAAUAUGAUGAACAAAAUGUUCUAUAUGAAAAUAGAAGUGCAGCACAGUGAAAAUCUGUGUUCAAAGAUCAGAAACUUUAGAAAUUGGGCAAUUUUUUUUCUUUUAAAUAGAGAAAGUAAUACAGGGGGAAAAGUACUUGAAUAGGAAAGUUAAAUAUAUAUACAUAUAUGUGUAUGUGUGUGUGUGCAUAUAUAUGUGUGUGUAUAUAUACACACACACACAUACACAUAUGGUAAGGUGGCAAACUUAUUUUUAAUAGUUUUAAAUAUUAAUGAUAAUCUGAAUUAUAUAUUCUUAGUGAUUUCUUAAGAUUUGUUUACUUUUUGUGUUUUGUUUACUAUACUAAGUGUGUCCUUCCUCCUUGAAUCAGAGUAGGGUACUAUACUAUACCAUUCACCUAAUUUUAAAAGCUGACUUUUUAAAGUGGUACAUUUGAUUUAUAGUGUUGGUAAUGGCAACUUCAAAAACAUAGUCCAAUGCACAGUUUUACAGAACUUGUUCCAAGUGAGGAUGCACUCCCCUGCCCCUCUACCCCUCAGCUUAUUCAGGUUUUCACAAACAAGCUAGAGGUUUUCAAAGCUACACUUUUGACUACAAACCAUUAUUAAAAGGAAAAUGUGAUUAAUAUUUUUGUCUCUUCCUUCUUUGGGGAUUGGGGAGAAAUAAUUUGGAGGUUUUAUGCAAAUUAUCCUCACCUAAUGGUGAAUCUUUAAACAAUUUUAAAAAUCUGAGAAAGCAUCCUAAAGUAACCUUCCCUUCCCUACACAGGCAAAGUGACAAAAUUUCAAAUUGGGGUGAUCUGAGCAUCACUUGACUAUAAAAUGUCCCUUUCCCUGUACAAUUUCCAUAUUAAUGUACUUGGUAGUUUUUGGUCACCCUAUCUAAAAAGUGUCUUGAAAUAUAUAGAAUGAGCAUUAGUAUGAUGAGAACAAAACAUUUGCCCUGUAACUGACAUAUGAAGUAGAUAAUACAACUAUUAUAUUCCAGUUUUAUAUGUUAAAAAAAAAAAAAGGUCCUUAAUUGAGUUUUGUAACUGCUUCCUUGAUAAUUUGAGGUUCAGUCAUUUUCAGUAGUGGCAGAC